CACAACUUCACGUUCUCCUCUCUCACUGCCUAGGUAUCCGAAAGUACUGGCAACCGUAAACUGCGUCAUGGCGCCCGCGGUGGCCCAUCUGCAUAAACUGGUGGCCAAGAACGCGAAAGUGCUCAAGGCUGCCUGGAAACAUGCGGCAAGUCUUGUGCAAAGCCAAUUACCACCUUCUAUACGACCUACACAGGCCGAAUUACAGCCCAUACUUGCACGCAAUACUCCCCGGCAUCCGAUCCAUCCCGCCGCCUUCCUCAAGCAGAGCAAGGGCCGAUGGUAUAGUACUCACAGUGCUAUCAACGCUACUGUCCGACGUUUCACGACAUCUGCCCCAAGAUCCUCUGGCCUUGUACUCAAGUAUGACCGAUCUUCUUUCCCAAAGUCCCGUAUUGGUUCCGCCGUCAACAACCUGUCCGGCCGUGCUCCUUUCGCAUCCACCCUUCGACCGAACCUGACUGGAGGAACACUCAAUAGGACCGCUGGAGGAUACACGUGGGGCUCUGGGCGUUCUGGAGGUGCCAGGCACUUCUCCCAUGGCCCAGCAGCUCCCGCCCAGGUCAUUCAUAACGUUUCUCAGGCGGUCCGUGCUUUCAUGGUCUCGGGCCAAAAAGCACAAUUUGAUGGUCUCAACCCGCAGACCGGUGAGAAACGGUACAAGACUGUCUCAGCUUUGCAAAAUAAAGUGAACCGCACACUCAAUAAGGCACCCAAGGCAACUCCGGGAUCUCAUAUCAGCUUCAACAUCAAUCCUACUAUCACGGCCCUUAGCCCGUUGAAGGCUGUCAAGGGUUUUUCUUCUUUCGCAGAAGAGAAAGAUUCUCUUAAUCGUGAAGGUCUCCUAGAUGUUCUUUCCGUAGAUUUCUCAAGGGCAGUUAAAGAGCUUGCUGCAGUCCUCAAGGAUUUGCAACGACUCUCUAACUUAGGCGACUUACCUAUUACCUACGAGAAUUCUACGUUAAAGGUUCAUUUCCCUGGCUGUGAUGCUGGCGCCGUGGAAACAAUCUGCAACGAGCUUGGCGUUCAACGUGGAGUAGUGUACCAGGACGAAGAUUUCGAUACUUUUGUCGGGACGGAUAUUGCCCUUCUGUUUCCCUUUGCUCCAAGCCGGACGCCCUCAGAAUGUUCUUUCUAUGAGAAACCAAUCACCGGCAGACAACAGCCAAUCGAUUGGCAGAACAUGUUAUCACCUCCAGUCAUGAGCCUCGACGAGUAUUCGACUCACUCUGAGGAUGGAUUAGACUUUGAACUCUUUCCAAACCCGUGGGUCUCGUCUCCAUCUGGCUAUGAUAGCUUGCACACGAGCGAUGUAGAAGAUACAAUGGCUUUUCCAGAUGAACACGACGUACAUACUCCUCUCGAGUAUCAGGGCAUAGAAGGCAUUUACAGGUUCAUGGAGCAGUGCGAGUCUAGUCACAUAUAAGUAUGUGACUGGCGUUCUGUGGGCUUACCAAGCAACAGUUGGCUACAGAUUGGCCAGACUAGAGUUUGCGGAUUCAUGAAACUUUGUACGGUUGCACUAGUCACUCAUUCUUCUCCUAUGUACACAUGAUUGUAUGUCUCUCUCCGUAAUUGUUGUGAUCAUAG